AUGUCUUUUGGCUCAUGGGGACAGCCUCAACAAUCCACAAAUCCGCUGCUGAGCCAGAGUAACCCUCCCAAACCAGCAAAUCCUCUCUUUGGCUCUUCGCAACCUGGAACUUCAGCGUUUGGGGCGCAAAACCAGGGCCAGGUUUCAAGCCAGGCCCCGUCACUAUUCGGUGCACCUCUAGGACAGACUCAGCAGCCACAGGGUCAAGCUCCCACGCAAACGACGUCGUUUUUUGGAGCACCCAUAAGUCAACAAAGGACACAGCUAAGCUCAUCGUUACUCGGCAGCAAUUUCGGCCAGAACCAGCAGCAGCAGCAGCCUCAGCAGCAGGUGCCGUCCAACUUCUUCAGCCAACCUCCUACGAAUACGCAACCGAGCUCAAUCGGUUCCAUCGGUUCGCUCUUUGGAAACACGCAGAACCAACCGACAGGUCAGACAGGCCAGAUUGGGCAGACGGGACAACAGCAGGGCGCAUAUGGCCUUGGUUUACUGGGGAGCAACGCCAACGCCAACACUUCGACGCUUGGUCAAACUAGUGGUUUUGGCAAUUGGGGCUCGAAUCCUCUACAGGCGCAACCGACACAGACCGCUAGUGCCUUUGGAGCAACGACCGGUCCAUCUCUGUUUGGCAGGCAGCCGUCCCAACAACCAACUUUUGGGGCUAACCAAUUGCCGGCUACGCCGCCUUUCACGAAGUCAACUAGAUUUAAUGACCUGCCAGAUGAAGUCAAAAGAGUCUUUGAGAAUAUCGAUGGGCAAAUUCAAGGCCGCAUACAAAUAAGCAAUGACCUGAAGCAGCGGAAGCUAGGUGAAGAGGCGGUCAAAGGCCAGGAAGUAGUCCGCUCUGUACACAAGGAUCUGCUAAGUGCUAUCACGACGCUACACUCGGAUGUGCUCCGUACACGAGACCUCAAGGCGAAGGUAGAUCAGACCGUGCAAGACACCAUCAUCGCAACACGCAUAGUCGACGGCUUCCGGAACCCUCAGCAGUACGGCGUGCAUCUCAAAAACCAUGCGGAUUUCCCAUUGGAAUUCUUCAACCGUGUGACGGAGCAAAUGCGAGAGCGGCUGAGGUGGUACAAGGCGACCAUUGAACAAAUCGAGCGGAAGCUAUCCUCUGCAGCGACGCAGAGUCAAUAUACCCCUCAAGCUAUAUCUUCCACUCUGGAAGCACAACACGCUACCUUCGUUGCUCUCGCCAGCAAGACUGCUGCGCUCGAUGCGGAGCUGCAGAAAAUCAAAGCACUGUAUACACAGCUGUGGCGCGCACGGACAGGUAGUAUGCGGGAUCCAUUCAAUGAAUUGGACCGGGGUAGCGGAGGGGAAUUCGGUUUGGAGAGCAUCAAUGCCAAGUAA